AUGGUGGUGGUGACAAUUUUUGAUUUUUUUUUUCUUCGAUACGAAUUCCUUCGAUUCGAACAUUUUCGAAAAUACUCUAAUUAUAUUCUACAGGUGUGAAUUACUCUGUAAAUGAACCAAAGAAGAAAAAACCUUCUAUUUUUUUCAAUUCAAACUGCUCAAUUCUGACUGAAUGUAUUAUUAUUUUUCGAAGUGAAUGAAGUGCCUUGGUUUUUAAAAUCAAAAAACUUUUAUCUUUCAGUUUUCUUGUAAUUUUUUAUUUUUUGUUUGUAACAUCAAAACAACGACCAAAUCAAAAUGAAAUCCUCAAUUGCAAUAUUCAUAUCGAUCAAAUUAAUAUCGAUCAUUUUGAUCAGUCAGAUCGAUAAUCAUAAUCAUCAUAACGGAUUUGUUGAUGCAUUUAAAUUUACUGAUCGUUUUUGUAAUUAUACUGCUUAUCCAACAAAUGGAUGUGAAGAAUCAGAAUUUACAACAUGUAUCGAUAAUAAAUGUGCUUGUCGUGAUGAAUCUGAUUAUAUAAUAAUGGGUAGAUUUUGUACAAAAAAAUUAUGUUCAAAUGGUGAAUUUUUUGAUGCAGUCAAACAAAAAUGUUCAGAACAAAGUAAAGCAAGUUCAGAUUUUACUGAAAAUCAUUGUCGUUAUGAUUAUCAUUGUUUUGGUCAACAUAUACGUUGUCGUCGACAAGCAUGGAAUUAUAUUUGUUUUUGUGAACCUGGUUUUCAAUAUGAUUCAUAUUCGAAAUUAUGUUUACCAAAACAUGGUAUUGGUGGUCAUUGUAAACAUAAUAAUGAUUGUGAUGAUACAACAUUACGAAAAAUGUUUUGUGAUUUUAAUCAAAAACAAAAUGAUAAUGGUAAUGAUGAUAAUGAUAGAAAAUCCUCAAGUGGUACAUGUCAAUGUCAAGAAAAUCAUCGUUAUAAUUAUAUUAUUGAUGGUUGUGAAGCAUUGGCUGAUAUUAAUGAACGUGAACAUAAUAUGCGUACAUUAGUUUUAUUAUUUGUUGCUGCUGGUCUUUUAUUCGGCCUAGCAUUGACUUGUAAUUUUAGUUUUUUCGGUUUAGGAACUAAAAAUCAGGAAAUAUUUUUACAACAAUUAAAAGCUGAAGAACGUAUUAGACAAAUGAAACGUGAUCGUGAUCGAUUAUCACGUGCUGAAAAUGGACAAAUCUCAAACGCAACAACAACAACCAUACAACCGGAACCGAAAAUAAUAAGUUUGAAUGGAAAAGACAACAAUGAUAAUGAUGAUAAUCAACAACAACAACCAUCAACAUUGAAUGUUGUUGAUAAUUCAACAAUCAUUCAGCAGCAACAAAAUGAAAGCACAAAUAAAUCAUCUGUACCAUCAAGAAAAUCAUUGAUCAUGUUGGAAUGAACUGAUGAUCCAGAAUUCCAGAUACAUUGCCUUUUUUUUUGGUCCAAGAAUGAAGCAUUUCUUUCUUUCUUAUAAAACGAAAUUAUCAUUAUUCCAUCAACAACAUUCAAUAUUUU